GCGACUACCAACAACACCAUGUUCAAGACCGUGCUUGUUCUCUGCGCUGUGUUUGCUCUUGCGCUUGCAGCAACUCCGCCUUCCAUUUCGGAAACCUUUGAGGCUGCUGUCACCAUCGAGGUGCACAAGGGCAACGAGCAUGCGAUCGGUGAGGGCCGUGUGGCGCAGGAUCAGUCUGCCAACAAGGCUGUGCAGUUCUGGGAGUUUGAGAACCCGCAGCACAAGCACAACGACGUGUACGAGCUUGCGCGUUACGAUCUCGGCUUUGACUACGCCAUCGACUCGAACAACAAGACGAUGUGCUACAAGAAGGCUGUGACCGGCUCGCUCCCAGGCUGGUUUGACUGGGUCUCCAAGGCGCAGUACGCUGGGCAGAAGCGUGUCCGUCACCUCAUGAUCGACUUUUGGACGUUUAAGGCGGCCAACAUCGAGCUCGGCCUCGGCGUCCUCGCCCACGAUCCCACCCACCCGUACCUGUUUGGCAUGAACGACACGACGGCGCAGUCCGAGUUUGUCAUGCUGUUCGAGAAGUGGGCGCCGACAACGCCCAAGGACCCGCGCGUCUUUGACGUCCCGCACCAGUGCAUGUAAUGUCCCCUCGCGCGACUUUCUUGACUUUGCCUCGAGGCGCGCGUGCGCCCGCACAUAAACGGAGCCGUCGCCUCACCAACCGCUGUCAGCACUUGCGCUU